AUGACAUUGACCGUCUGGGAUUUCCUAGUCGAAGAACCUACAGCUUUCAGGCGGGAUUCUGUUACACCCAAUCCUCCCCAACCUCGCAUCGGCACUACUACUGAGUGGGCUAAGCGUGAGCUGGCUACGUACUAUUUAGAUGAUGAACCUUGGGACUGGAGAGCUGACAUGGAGGAGAAUGGCUUCCACCAAGCGAUGGUCCGGUCAAAGGUUCCACAGGGACUGCGUGCGGGAAGAGUUACUUUUUUCACACCUCGGACGGAAGCCGAUAUCGCGCAUCUGAUGUCACGUAUCAGCUCAGCUUGUGAUGCUCAAAUCAUCGUACCUAUAUGCGAUAUCGCACAGUCCUGGGCGAAAGAAAUGAAGCUUGACGCCUGCAUAUAUACGAAUCAUCUGCAGAUUGAUCUGGAAGCUCUCAGCGAGGCCGUUGAGACGAGCAAGCACAAGAUAGAUUCAUCGGCAGUCGCCAAAGCGGCCAAACCUACAACGCGUGUCGACACUCUCAAGUUCGAAGAUCCGGGGAUUGAAACUCGUGGUUCGACUAAAACCCAAGCGUGGAGAGAGAGGCUCCGAAAACGAGGCCGGGACGAGAUUCCACUCGGACCGAUACCAACUUCGGCAAAUGUCUAUCUGAAAUCUGGUGAAUUUUUCAAUGUGAAAGCGGAUACGACGCUCGAGCAGGCUAUCGAAGAGGGAAAAUCGAUCUUGAAGGGAUUGGUGGCUGUGGAGUUUAAGAAAGCUGGCCACAUCAUUCCCAAUGAGAUUCAGUCACUUGCAUCCACAAGGGUUUCCCUCGCGCAGAAAGCCAGUUCUAAAGAAGGUACAAUGUCAAUUCUACAGCAAGGCGUUCGGUACGCAUAUCAUUAUGGCGUUGACUGUGUCUAUAUCACGGAUUACAUCACUGUGCUUGUCCUGAAAAUUCCGGAGCGUCCCGUCGAAAAAGGGGCUAACAAGGGCAAAUAUGCGCUCGAGUGGGCUACGGUCGGGAGGAAAGACGCCAGAUUGCUUCUCGCUUAUUUGCUAUGGAAGAGCAUCCAUCAUCUGGCUCAAUUCCUGAAGGAUGCAGAUGACGAGAGGGUGAGCGACGCCACGGCCGAGAUAGCGAAAAAGCAGGCAGACCUCAAGCUACCCCAAACGGUGGCUAACCGCAAAAGAGGUUGA